CUUGUUUUCCAAAUAUUUAGUUACAGUGGAGGGAAGCAUUGCCAUUUGAAAAAAUGGAGGAAGUUUUUCUGCAUACUACUUUGGCAGGACACAAAAAAGUUGUGACUUGUGCAGCAUUUCGUCCAGAUAAGAAACAACUUGCUACAGGAUCAUUGGACCAUUCCAUUAUUCUUUGGAAUUUCCUUGAUAAGAAACCUGCACUUCGGUACAUUGGUGAUUCGCCUGUCAUGGACAUAUGUUUUUCACCCAGGGGAAGCCUUCUUGUUGCAGGUUAUCAAGGAUGUAGUAUCUGCAUCUGGAAACCAGACAUUCAAGGAUCAUAUCAUCAGAUCAAGAGUGCACAUUCCAGUGUUGUUCGAUCAGUUGAUUUUUCACCAGAAGGCAGAUAUAUUGCCUCAGGAUCUCACGACAAGAGUGUGAAGGUGUGGAGUGCCUUCAGCAAACAGAACUUCAUGUUUAUUUGCUCCUUUACCAAUCACUCCCAUUGGGUUAUUUCUGUGAAAUGGUCUCAUGAUGGUUUACGCCUAUUCUCCUGCAGUGAAGAUAAGUGCAUCAACAUAUAUGAUUUCCAUGCCCAAGCAUGCCUACACACAGUUAUGGAGAAAGAAGUUCCUUCCUGCCUGGCCCUGGUUCCUGGCAGCUACUGUUUUGGUGUGGGCUUUGUCAAUGGAACUGUGAAAAUCUUUGAUCCACAACAGAAGAAGCUUCUUCAGAUGUAUCCCAGUCUCCUGACAGAGAAGGUUCGAGGAUUAUGCUUUCAUCCUUCUGGCAAAUAUCUCCUGGCUGGGUCACGUGAUGGAUGCAUGAAAAUCAUUGAUGUUCAAGAAGGUCAAGUAAUAUAUGUCAUUGAGACUGAGCAUGGGUCAGUGAAUGGUGUGGCCUUCUCUCCCUCUGGAGGAUAUUUUGCAUCUGUUGGGGAGCAACAGAAAGUGAUUAUUUGGAAGUUCCCUGGAGGUUCCUCCUUUCUUGGAACCUCCAAGGAGACACCCAACAAUGACAUCAAAUCAAGGGUAUCAACUCUUGAAAACCAAAGUAGCAAGGGAUACAUUUCUUCACAACCAGAACUCUUUGACAUGACAGUGAUGGGCACCUCAUCCGGACCAAAUCCAGAUGUAUCUCUAGAUGAUGGGAUGCAUGGUGGUGAUUCACUUGCUGAUCAGGGAGCCCUGGAGUUGCUUCAGCUAAUAGCAAACAAAGUAGGAGUGCUGGAGAAGAAGAUGAAAGAUAUCUGUGACAAAGUUAACAAUAUGGAAGAAAGGCUAUCCUCUGUGGAAGAGAUGCAACAGAUUAAGAACAAUAUGGGAGAGAGAUUGUCCAGUAUGAAAAUAUCUACUUCCACUGGUGCUGUGAAGAUGAUGCAAUCUGAGCAUGUCGAUGGCACUUAGGCAUAGGAAUAUAUACAUUCCUGUCAAUGGGCUAUGUACAAUAUUGAAAUACUUUUUGAUGCUGUUUGUUGAUUCUGCUGCUUAGGGAGGGGUUCAGCACUUGCAUGAGAAAAUGAGUAGUUUUCAUGCCUCGGUAACAGCCUUCACAUUAAUUACCUAUGGGAUUGCAAAAGUUUCAAUGACACAAAUUUCAGGAUGACUUUAAUUUAUUUCCACAUUGUAAAACUUUGUGCCAUGCACAUUUUAUGCUGGAUUUUGAAUAAAACCCUUUUCUAUACUUUUUUUUAAUAAUACAAUUCAUAUUAUUUGAUUGUCAAGACC